AUGAAACAGAGGAGUUUCUUAUCAAUCCUCUGUUUUGUCCUCCUAAGCUUUGGUGUUUCCUCUGUUUUAUCACAAACAUGCAUACAGAACCGUAAGAAUUUCAUACCAAACGGUACAUACGAUUCAAACCGCCGUGAAAUCCUCUCUUCUCUUCCUUCAGAUGCCGCUUCUCAAGAUGGUUUCUACUACGGUUCCAUAGGAGAAGAGCCGAACCGAAUCUACGCAUUAGGUAUGUGCAUCCCAAGAUCAAGUCCAAGUGACUGUUCUAAUUGUAUAAAGGGCGCGGCAGGCUGGUUGAUACAGGAUUGUGUUAACCAGACAGAUGCGUAUUAUUGGGCACUUGAUCCAACGUUGUGCCUUGUCCGCUACUCCAACAUUUCUUUCUCCGGAUCUGCAGCUUAUUGGGAAAUUGAACCGCAGUAUUUGGUCUUGAACACUGCAACUAUCGCCUUAGAUCUAACAGAGUUCAAGACAAGAUGGGAGGAGUUAACAUUUCGUAUGAUUGCUGCAGCCUCUACAGAAAGAAGCACACCAUCGUCCAAUGAUAAUUAUUACAAAGUUGAUUAUGCAAACUUGACAAAAUUCGAGAAUAUAUAUGCACUGAUGCAAUGCACGCCAGAUAUAUCUCCGGAUGAAUGUGGCAACUGUUUGCGACAAAGCGUGAUGGACUACCAGAAAUGCUGUGGGAAUAAUACAGGAGGCUAUGUUAUGCGGCCAAUAUGCUUUUUUCGGUGGCAAUUGUUUACAUUCUCAAAGGCUUUUGAUAACAUUACUUUGGCUCCAGCUCCUCCUCCUCCUCUGCUGAGACGUCCUGUGACCGCGUCACAACCACCUUCCGCAGGCAACCCGGGCAAGACGCCAGACAAAAGUAGUGAAAAUAUCUCAAUGAAAACUAUUGUAGCAAUUGUUGUGGUUGGUGGAUGCAUCAUCAUCAUCAUCAUCAUCAUCAUCUUGGGACUUCUUGCUCACCGGUUUGCUCGGAAGGGAAAACCGUAUCAGGAAGUUGAACUUAAUCAAACUGGUAUUACAUCUGUCCGCUCCCUGCAAUACAAAUUCAAGACGAUCGAAGAUGCAACAAAUAAAUUUUCAGAGAGCAACAGACUUGGUCAAGGUGGAUUUGGAGAUGUUUUCAAGGGUACGUUGCCUGAUGGAAAAGAAAUUGCAGUCAAGAGAUUGUCCAGAAAAUCAGAACAAAGUAAGAAAGAGUUCAAGAAUGAGGUUGUUCUUGUAGCGAAACUUCAGCAUAGAAAUCUUGUUAAGCUUCUCGGAUUUUCCGUCAAAGGAGAAGAAAGAAUCAUUGUCUACGAGUUUUUGCCUAAUAGAAGUCUCGACUACAUCCUCUUUGACCCUACAAAGCAAGGGGAGUUAGACUGGAAAAAGAGGUACAAGAUCAUUGGAGGAAUUGCUAGAGGGAUGUUAUAUCUUCACCAAGAUUCACAACCCACAAUCAUACAUCGUGACCUCAAAGCGGCUAAUAUCCUCUUGGACGCUCAUAUGAACGCGAAAGUUGCAGAUUUUGGGACGGCAAGAAUCUUUGGGAUGGACCAAAGUGUAGCUAACACUGAGAAUCCAGCAGGAACUCCCGGUUACAUGCCCCCAGAAUACAAGGACCAAGGACAAUUCUCAAUGAAAUCUGAUGUGUAUAGCUACGGAAUCUUAGUUCUUGAGAUUAUAUGCGGCAAGAGGAACACGAGCUACUCAUCUCCGGUUCAGAACUUUGUCACAUACGUCUGGAGGUUAUGGAGAAGCGGGUCACCAUUAAACCUUGUUGACCAAGCAAUUGCAGAUAAUUAUCAGAGUGAAGAAGUAACAAGAUGCAUCCACAUUGCGCUUCUAUGUGUUCAAGAUGAUCCCACAGAUCGUCCCGACUUUUCGAUAAUCAUGUCGAUGCUCACUAGCAAUUCUCUCAUAUUACCUGUUCCUAAGCGACCUCCAUCCCUCAUUCCAGACACGCCCACCCAAUCUACGUUAGGGUCCAAUUCCCAAACUAUCAAUGAUGAAACUUGAUCCUCUUUGAAAAUGAUGUUACA